CGGCGAGCUGCAUGGCAACAUGAGAGAGAGAGAGCAGGAAGAUCUGCUGCAGCCAAGUGAACAACCUGCACACUCUGGACGUAAAAAGUACCAGAAACAACGCUCAGCCGUACAAUGGAGGAUACAGAGAAAGAUUCCCAGCAGCAUCCGGACUCAGUCCCAGAGAUGGGAGAAGAUGCAGUGAUGACUGCCGGUCCCUCUUCCCCGUUCCCCGCCUUGACGGAGGAGGAGCGGCAGGAGCUGCAAGAAGAGUUGGUCAAGGUGGAGGAUGAGAUCCAGACUCUGUCCCAGGUGCUUGCGGUCAAGGAGAAGCAGUUGGCGGACAUCAAGAGGAAGCUGGGCAUCACACCGCUCAAUGAGCUGAAACAAAACAUCACCAAGACCUGGCAGGGGGUCACCACCUCCAACGCCUAUAGGAGGACAUCUGAAACACUGUCUCAGGCGAGUCUGAAGGCUACGGCAGCGUUCUCCAAUGUGGGCUCAGCCAUCAGCAGGAAGCUGGAGGAUGUCAGGAACGCACCAACUUUCAAGACAUUCGGGGAGAAAGUGGAGACUUUGAAGACCAAGAUGAGUCCAUCUGCGUCCGCCACCACCCCCAACGACCGGGACGACGGCAGUCCCGCCACCGACUCCUUGCUCGGCCAGCCGGAAGGCUCGCCCACCCAGGAGGCGCCGAUGAACUGAAACCCGCCUGACCUCCCACCCACCCCUCCUCACUUGACCCUCUAACCUCUGGACCGUCAACACUUGCCCCCUAAACUUUUGUGUGCCAGUCUCCCUUUAUUGGAAACAAAUGACUUACCCCGGCCUUCCUUGUGAUCUAAUUGUCUGGUCUUUUUGUCUGACGUGCUCGCUUGUUAACCACUGUGGAAACUGAAAGCAUGGGAUGGGUGCAGGCAUGUGGUCUCGUGCCAAUCGUGUAUUUUUUUUUUUCUUUCAGUCUGUGCUGGCUCUCUGCGGGAGAAAUCCCCCCCUGCUGUACGCCUCUCCUUUUCUCCUGCACUGCUUAUCCCUCUGCCUUUGUCUAACCAGCAGAGCUCAGAUGCCAAACAUGCUCUUAGUUUACUUUUUUUCUUCCUCAUAGUAACACUGUUUAUGUUUGUUUGAGUGUAGAAAAUCGCACAAAUCUAGAAAGAUUUAUACUCAUGAAGUUGAUUAGAGAAGCAUUGACACUUAAAAACUUUGAUUCUUGUUAUGUGAGCCUGGCAGUUGUUGCUCUAUUGCUUCUGCAUGGCCCUUUUUUGUGUUGGAGUUAUUAUUAUAAGCACUUAUUUUGUCUGCCUCCAUUUUGGGGGCAUUCUUGGUUUACUAUGGGUUUCCAUUUUGGGGCCAAUCUGAUUUCCGUUUUUCCUCAUUAUAUUCAUUUUAGGACACCACACAAUUAAACUAGUCUAACACUGUGUUCAGAAUAUGAAUGUACGCCUUUUUGUAUAACUGAACCCACAGAGCUGAGCUCCUGAUGCCGCGUGUCACAACUGCAGCCGCCGACUCCAGAGCUUGCAUUUCAAAACACACUUCUUAAUAAAAUCCCUUUUUCCGUAAGAGUAAGAAAACGAUCGCCACGCUCAGAUAGUUGCGGGAAAACGGCCAAGAUCAGCAUAACAGAGGCAGAGCAAACACACAGUCAAGGUUCAGCCUUGACCCGAGGUGAGACUGAAAUAAAUGUGUCUCUUCCACAGCCAGAGUCAAUAUUUAAACACUUGUCCAUUGUUUCUACGUGGGAGGUAACACCUACCUCCCCCUUUCUGUGAUACAGAUAAAAGUAAGGCAAGAGACUCCACCGGGUGUUAUUUCGCCCACUGAUACAGGAUUAUAAUGUAAAAGAGUCGGUUUAUCUUAAAUUUCCUACAUGCAAUACAGACAUUUCUUUUUUUAGCCGUGCUCGCUGCAGGGCUCUGCAGAUAGUUCUGCUUUGGUCUAUAAAUAUCUUAAACAUGAUUGGAUGGAUUGCCAUGAAAUUUAAUAGACAUUUGGAGUCCCCAGAGGAUAAAUUGUAAUAACCCCUUAACUUUUCAUUCUUGCGCCAUCAUCGGGUCUAAAUUUCAAUAUGUCCAAUUCUUUGGUUUGUGAGGAAACACUUGCAAAGCUGCUGACGUUCCCAGACCAGGCUCAUCUGUACUGUGUGUUUAGUGCUAAUCAGCAAACGUUAGCAUGCUAACAUGCUAAAGAAUGGUAGCAUUGUCGUCGGGAGCGUGUUAGCAUGCUGGUGCUAGCAUUUAGCUCAAAGCACAUGUGACUAAGUGCAGCCUCACAGAGCUGCUAGCAUGGCUGCAGACUUAUAUCACUCCUGAGUUUUAUUUUGAAAAAAUUCUAGGAAAUUGCAUGAAACAAUCAAAAUCUGCUUCAUAAGAUUAUGGAUGCUAUUUGCUGAAAAUGCUGCUUUCAUACAGAUCAAGCACAUUUUCCAAAUGUUAAAAAAUUAAAUAGGAUGCUAUCACACCUUCAAUCACAGAAGCAUGUUCUUGAAUUGGCUUUACAAUCUCAUGCUGCUUCAUAUGUUUGUAUCCCAGACAAACAUACAAACAUAUGAAGGUUUGUAUCCCAGAAACGAUUACACUGCUAAACAGUCACUCCAACCAGACACUUUUCUGAUUGACUAACAUGCACAGGGCUACUGAUGGAGGUGAAAUAAAAAUUAAAGGGUUGAUUGAGCCAAUAUGAACACAGCCAAAGUUUCCUCUGAUACACAAAUGGAGGACAGGAGCAGCCUGGUACAAGUCUUCCCCUGCUGGUGAACAAGUGGCUCGACACCAGUGUAAUGGAUUUUUCACAGUACUACAAUAUCUCAUGUCCUCAUGUAACACCGCUUCCCAGCCAUGACCUGGUUCGCUGAGAGAAGCCAUUACAGCCUUUUAUCUCAGACACGAGGCUUUUAUUUGUAUUUAGUCACACACACACUCACACUGGAUUUGUUUGUUCGUUAAUUGGAACCGUGGAGUGAAGAAAUGUACUCUAAUUAAAAAUACCUCUGAAGUAACCUGAUUCUGAGUCUUAGUGUAAGAGGGGAAAAAUAUAAAAAUAAAAAGGGGAAUCCUAUUUUGACUGCAAGGGGAGCUCAUCAAGUGUGACAUGCCAUAGUGUUUGAAGGAUGGGACAUUUUUAACAUGUAAAGCCUAACAAGGGAAAACACCUUU